AGAGGAUGAGAAUAGGUGAGAAAUGAAAGAAAAUGAAGGAGGAAAAAGAUUGAGGAGGCGCAAGAGUAGGAACCGCAGAAUGCUCAAUACCAAAAACUCAAGGCGCAUAUUUAGCUGAAUAAACAAAAAAAACACACAACACUCUCUUUCUCUUUCUCUUUCUCUUUUUCUCUCUUGUUUCUCUCACCACUCUUCUUCAAUCUUGGACCACUCUCUUCUUCCUUCCUUCCCUGUGUCCUGUCCUGUCAUUCCAUCUUCUUCCUUGGAAUUCAGCAUGAACAGGACUCAGGAUCAAAGGUCAAGGCCUGCUAAGCCCGCCACCAUUCAUGCCUAUGCUCUUUCUGGGGACCUUGUUGGACUCCAGAGGCUACUUCGGGAUAACCCUUCUCUUCUCAAUGAGAGAAACCCUGUUAUGGCACAGACACCACUUCAUGUUUCUGCCGGUCACAAUAGGGCUGACAUAGUUAAGUUUCUUCUUGAUUGGCAAGGACCAGAUAAGGUUGAGAUGGAGGCCAAGAAUAUGUAUGGAGAAACUCCUUUGCACAUGGCAGCAAAAAAUGGAUGUAGUGAUACUGCACGGUUACUUCUUGCUCAUGGUGCUGUUGUUGAAGCAAGAGCAAAUAAUGGUAUGACACCUUUACACCUUGCUGUGUGGUACUCGCUACGAGCAGAAGAAGAUAUCUCGGCAGUGAAAACAUUGCUCGAAUACAAUGCUGAUUGCAGUGCUAAGGAUGAUGAGGGGAUGACUCCUUUAAAUCAUCUUUCCCAAGGCCCUGGAACUGAGAAGCUCAGGGAAUUAUUACACUGGCAUCUUGAUGAGCAGAGGAAGAAACGAGCCAUUAAAGCCUGCAGUGAAACAAAAUCUAAAAUGGAUGAGCUCGAAAAGGAACUAACUAACAUUGUGGGUCUUAAUGAUCUAAAAGUACAGCUACGCAAGUGGGCAAAGGGCAUGCUUUUGGAUGAGAGGCGCAGAGCUCUUGGUCUGCAUGUUGGCACAAGAAGACCCCCUCACAUGGCCUUUCUUGGAAAUCCUGGAACAGGUAAAACUAUGGUAGCAAGGAUCCUUGGAAGAUUACUCCACAUGGUGGGAAUUCUACCUACUGAUAACGUGACAGAAGUGCAGCGAACUGAUUUAGUUGGUGAAUUUGUUGGUCACACUGGUCCUAAAACCAGGCGAAAGAUCAAGGAAGCAGAGGGGGGGAUUCUUUUCGUCGAUGAAGCUUAUAGACUGAUACCGAUGCAGAAGAGUGAUGAUAAGGACUACGGGUUGGAAGCCUUAGAGGAGAUUAUGUCUAUCAUGGACAGUGGAAAAAUUGUUGUAAUAUUUGCUGGGUACAGUGAACCAAUGAAACGAGUAAUUGCUUCUAAUGAAGGUUUCUGUAGAAGGGUCACCAAGUUUUUCCAAUUUAAUGAUUUCAAUUCAGAAGAACUUGCACAAAUCCUUCACAUCAAGAUGAGUAACUUAGCAAAAGAUAGUUUGCUCUAUGGAUUUAGGUUGCAUCCCUCUUGCAACCUAAAAGCUAUAGCAGAAUUGAUAGAAAGGGAAACAACAGAGAAGCAGCGUAAGGAGACAAAUGGCGGUUUGAUAGAUACCAUGUUGGUUAAUGCCAGGGAAAAUUUGGAUUUGAGGCUUAGCUUUGAGUGCAUAGAUACAGAAGAACUUCUUACCAUCACACUGGAAGAUUUAGAAGCAGGUCUUCACCUACUAUCACAUUAAUCAUUCUUUUAGAAUGUUCGGAUUAGCUUCUAUUUUCUUAGAAUCAAUUCUGGCAGCUAGAAGCUUACUCACAGAAGCUUCUCCCCAUAAUUGAUUAUGGAUUUAGAAUUAAUUAUAGAAAUAUUUCCGAACAUGCACAUAGGCAAUUAGAUGUUUGGAGAGGUUCGUGUUUGCUUACCUCAAUAUUCAUCAUUGGCUAUAUUGCAAGUUUGCAAUUGCUCAUUGAAGAGCUUGUCAUGAAUAAGUUUGCCAUAGAAGGUGGAUCAUUUUUUGGGAAGCUUUUUCUUUUCUCCCUGUAAUUGAUAAUGUUAUAUAGGCUCCAUUGGCUCCAUUGAUGCAGCACUUUGCUUUAUUUUUCUAUGUGUAUACAUUGGCUCCAUAGGCUCCAUUGGUUUCAUUGUGUAUUCUUUGUAUGUUAUUCAUUAUUGUAGGACAGUAAUACAUCCCCUCUCUAGUUUGUGGCUGUCCAGAAAUUUUCCAUUAAUAUUAAAUAUUGAAGUUUUGUAAA